UGAAGAAAUAAUCUUAUCUACCACGCGAAUGUCACAAAAAGGGGAAAAAGCGGUUACCCGCCAUCUGCUUAAUGUAGGAAAAUGAUGGGCCGUGAGAGAGUGUCACCGGACGGCGGUAAGCCGCCAUCCACGGCUGAGUCGUGCUUCUGUUCGCAGUGGAUGCUACCGGACGGCGGUAAGCCGUGGAAGCUGCAUGCUGACGGCGAGAGGACCUAGUCGAUCGAUUGAGUCUUUUCAGAGCCGUGACAAGUUUUUAGCCGGUUCAUGAUUGGACCGGAAAGAGUUCCGGUUCAUGGUUGGUUCAACCGUUUUCACACUGCAUGCUAAUUUUGAUAACUUCAUAUCUGAUUACCUCAACAAGUCUGGAUUCUUAAACACUGCUGAGUGUUUCCAAAAUGAAGCUCGAAUUAUGAGAGUAAUUCCCCCUGAAUUUGAUCAUUACCCACGUGGAAUCUUGUACGAUGUUUGGAGCCAUAGAGGAUCCUCCAGUCAGAAUCAGGCCCCAAAUGUUGCUGCUAUAAUUGACACUACCCCUCAAAUAAUUCGGGAAGGGUAUUCUAUCCAACACCUUUCACGUUUUGAAAGCAAUCAGAGGCUUUUUUUGUCUUGCGAUUUUUCAUCAGAUGGAAAGAUUGUAGCAAGUGGCGGGCCUGGGAUGAAGCCUUUCAUUUGCUACAUCGAAACUCGUCAGUCUGUUACUACGUCAGAGGCACAUUCACUUUCCAUCUUAGAUGUUAGAUUUAAACCAGGAUCAAAUAUGUUCGCAACAUCUUCUGCUGAUAAAACAGUAAAAGUUUGGGAUGCAAAUAGAACUGCAAGAUUGUUGUUCAGUUUUGUUGGACAUAAUGCGUCAGUAAGAUCACUGGACUUCAACCCAUUCAAAGAAACUCUCUGCUCUUCCGAUAACUAUGAUGAAAUUAAAGUAUGGGAUCUCAAUCGUAAGUGCAAGAUUGCCAGCUAUAUGGAAGGUGGAAGCAUAGUGAGAUUUCAGCCUGGAUCUGGGACACUUUUGGCAGUUGCUAAACGAAAUGUUAUCACCAUACUUGAUUCUAAGUCUAUGGGUGUUAAGUACCGUCUUCAGGGACACACCAAAAAUAUUUGUUCCUUAUGUUGGAGUGCCGGUGGGAAAACGAUCGCCUCCGUCAGUGAUGAUGAUGUACGUGUCUGGUCACUUUCUUUGGACGGACAAUGCACAUAUGAGUAUCCAUCAAAAGGGAAUAUGUUUGCGUCCGUUGUAUUCCAUCCUCGACACCGUAACGUCUUAGUUGUUGGUGGUUUUCAGUGGAUGGAAUUGUUGAUUCUUGAGAAUGGGCAAAUACGUUGUAUUAGUGCCUUUAGCUCAAGAAGUGGUAAAUCAGUCCCUGGACUUGCAGCUUGUACAGAAAAUGAAUCCAUUGCAACUACUCAUAAAUCUGUUGUGAACAUAUGGAAAUGAAAUUCUAGUAAAUAUCAGUUGUAAAUCCUCCCUUGCUUCAGAUUUGAGGAUUUGUUAGAUAAUCUUUGUGUAUACAUAUGUGUCUUUCAAAACUUGUUUAGUCUGUACUCUGUAUCUAACAUCAAAUGCCGGAGAUGGGCUUGGAAUUGGAACUUAAGGAUUCUGUAGAGACAAACAGAAAGAGCGAAUAGCUCUUCUUUUCUUUUCUUUCAAUCGUACAUAUUGUUCUCUUCUCUAUUUGAUGUGGCUUCUGAGUGCAUUGUGCUGCUGUAAGCGGUAUAU